AUGUCAUCUGCUCCAGCCGUGUCCUCUGCGGCGCCCUCGAAAGGGGCGCCGGCGUAUACAAUUAGCACCGGCUCCCGACCCUACCGGUCUCACAAAGUGAGAGCAUGCGAUCUCUGUCGCAAAAGGAAAUCUCGCUGCACCGUGGAUUUGCCUGGCCAGUCAUGCCUCUUGUGCCGAAUCCAGGGUGCCGACUGCCACUACAAGGAGGACACCGGCUCAACCACGUCUUCUCUUCAUGGGAGCAACACCGAGACCAAACAGUGGUCUCCGGCGCCGGCGACUCAACGAAAGCUUAAGAGGAAGUUCGAAGAAUCACCCAUAGAGCGGGGCCCUGAUCGGAAUCUUAUGAACACUCCAUCAGUGACUGCGGCCGCCCAACCAUCAUCCGCUACACACCGGGACGAACCGAUUCUUGACAACCGCCACAACCACAACGGGCUUGGGGGAUCCAUGAAUGAGUCCGUGCAUAUCAUUGGACCAGUUGCCGCUGAGGACGCCCAGGUGAUAGAACGCUACAUGCCUUCCGAGAGGUCAAGGAAAAGCCCGGACGUCAAGACGCCAUAUAACGUUUACUCAAACGACCCGAGAAAGCCAAUCCUCUAUACGACAGUGGCACGGCAAAGGCAAGGGGUGCGAUCCAGUGGCGUUCCUGGAGAAAACCAAAAGGAUAUCAUCGAGCAGAUCCUGGGCCCGUUCAAACACGAUCUCGUUGCCAUAUUUUUGGAUAAAAUCAAUGCUCCGUUUCCGAUUUUCGAUGAACAUGUCUUUAUGGAGGCUUAUAAGCUCGGGGACGGGAGCUUGCCUCCACCCCUAAUGUGCCAAGUAUAUGCCAUGUCUCUCAUUUACUGGAAUCAGUCGCCGGUUCUAGCGCCACAUCCUAAACCCGAUAUUAGAUACGCAGUAAAUCUCGCCGUUGCUGCUCUUCAUGAAGAGUUCUCCGCCCCGGGGUUAUCCACCUUGGGUGCCGCCUUGAUUGAUUUGACUGGGCGUCCAAUUUUCUCAAUGACCGGGAAUGCCAUCAACACGGGACGUACUGUUGCGCUUUCACACUGCCUUGGCUUGAAUCGUGACCCUAGCAACUGGAAGCUUUCUCAGGCUGAGAAGAAUAAUCGCAUCCGCCUAUGGUGGGCUGUGGUUAUCCAUGACCGAUGGGCGAGUUAUGGACACGGAGUACCCUCACAGAUCUCGCGGAAUCAGUACGAUGUUCCACUCCCCACAAUUGACAUGCUGGUCCCACAUGCUAGCGCCACCCAACAACGGUUCAGGGCCGCGCACGGAUAUAUUUUCUUGUGUCGUCUUACAGAGAUCCUCGGGGACCUGCUUCCAUUGGUAUAUGGACUGCAGCCGAAAAACCCGAAGGACACAUCUAAAAUCGUACGGCGAAUGAGGACGGAGCUCGACAGGUGGGAAGACUCACUGCCUGAGUGGCUGAGAUCCCCUCAGAUUGAAAACGCGGCCCCAACAUCUGGCUCGAGCAGUCUGCAAUUAGCCUUCUUAGCAGUGAAGAUGCUUGUUUGUCGGAUAGAGCUCCAGGAAAUAAACCAUUCCGAGAACUCCAAUCCCGAAGCCCGUCGGUAUUUUCAAACAGAAUGUAGAAAAGCGGCAGAAGAUAUAGUGCAGUUUCUUCUUUCACUUAAAAGGCCGCAUUUCCAAGAAUUCUGGAUGUCAUAUAGCGCAUACCAUCUUACGUCGACGGCGACCUUUCUAUUCCGCUGCGCGUUGGAGACUUCUGACCCUGACAUUGCACGAUCUUGCUUGGCAAACGUCGAUACAUUCCUGGGCGUCCUCCGAAGAGCCCGCCUUGAGCAUGAGUGGGAUGUGGCCGACAUGUGCCUCGACCAUUGCGAAAGGAUUGUGAGCAAACAUCCAGGAAUUAACUCAGAGGAACCCCACGCCUCAGUCAGUCAGCCCUGCGAAAUAAGUGACACUCCUGUUUCGAUGUCCAUGCCAAUGCCCGAAACGCCUUGUCAUAACGAUAUCGUUGGAGAUAUGAUGUCCAUAUCCGGGACGUUUGGGACGAUGGACGGCUUCCCGUUUGACAUGACCGGAAUCUGGGACGUUCCUGGACUUCAGGACCAGGAAAGCCAUUUCAUGAAUAUACCGACAUCGAUGUGA